AGCUUUAAUUGCUAAAACGCAACGUGGCAACCGAAGCAAUUAGGUGACUGGCUGACAGCUGAUAAUAAAGGAGAGGUUUAACACUUGAAACGAAAGCAAAAACCAUUUCUUCUUCCUCACUCAAGAUGAUACGAAGAUUGAUAACAUAAUAACAACCCAUGCCAUCAAAAACCCACAAUUACCCUGUGAGGAGGAUGUGAUAGUAGUGCCCGUAAGGUGCUGGAAAAGGAAAAAAGCCAAGCAAGAAAAUGCCUCCUGAAGUAUCUCAUUUCCGUGCCCCUCAGAUCACUCCUUUGGUUCAGUUUUCUACAACUGCGGCCUCGGGUUCAAGCCCCAAAUUUGGCAGAGCAGCUAGAAGGAUGAAAUUCCCUGGAAAGACACUACUCCCGGUGCUUGUUUUCAUCCUGUCAUGCCUUUCCAUUCUCAGACUUCUUAAAAUCGCAAUUACUACUUCACAUUCUGCAUCUCCAGCUUCUGCUUUGUCGUCGUCUCUUCAACAGGAGUGUUCAUCUCCUUCUGAAUGCAGUGAGGCUACAUCAAAUGAACCGGAGGUCUCCCGUCCGCACAAAUCCUCCGCCAAUGCAACCCUUCUCACCCCAAAGGAAUUCAAGCUUCUUUCAAAUCUCAUUACCCGUAAAGCACCUUGUAACCUCCUAGUUUUCGGGCUUCAAUCCCAGUACCUCAACCUCUCAUCAAUAAAUGCAGGAGGCGUCACUCUUUUUCUCGAGGAUGACCCAUACAAGAUAAGUGAAAUCAAAGCUGAUUCUAAUGGAACUCGAAUUUAUAAGGUUAAGCACCAGGCACCAGCUAAGAAGGCAUACAGCCUGCUCAAGCAUGCCAGGGGAAAUCCUGCCUGCGCACCAAGCACAAGUCUGCUCCAACAAUCAACUUGCAAAUUGGCAUUGAGAAAUUUACCAAAAGAAAUUUAUCAGCGUAAAUGGGAUGUCGUGGUGGUGGACGGGCCAAUUGGGGACGGACCAGAAGCACCAGGCAGGAUGUCAACUAUCUACACUGCUAGUAUGUUAGCCAGGGUUGGGAGGACGACUGAUGUUGUAGUACAUGACGUUCAUCGGACGAUAGAGAAAUGGUUUUCUUGGGAAUUCCUGUGUGAAGAGAACUUGGUUUCUGCUAGAGGAAAAUUCUGGAACUUUAGGAUCCCCGGUCAAUCAAAUUCUACAAGGUUUUGUUCUCCCGAGACAGUUCGGAUAGAGUAACAGCCUUCUUUUUCUGCAGCAACAGAACAAUCAGUGGCAUCGUUGCUACAGGUCGGCCGUCCUAGAAUUUGUGAAUAAGAUACCAUCACAUUUCGCGUUAUAAAAGAUAUAUCACCAAAAUUGGAGUACCACAUCCAGGAUGUAUUAGGUCGCGUAUCAUAUGUAAGUCACACGGUUAUACCCUACAUUGUGGACGACAGAAUUCCGGCUCAGGAAGGCAGAUUUGUGAGUAUCUAGAAUUGCAUAUUUUAUUCAUAUGCGUGUAAAUGAAGAAACAUCAGACGGACUCGGUCAGUCAAGAGUACGAGUGCUACUGCCUUGUUGCAUAUUUUAAUCAGAUGCGUGUAAAUUUAGAAACAAUAGAUGCACUUGGUUGUUACUAACAGCUUCUCUCAUAAUAUCGUGUAGGACCUGAAAUAUCGUAAUAAGGUAAAGUGGCCAUUAAGGUUGCUAAUUGUUUGUAUAAUCUGGGUGCCAUUGCUCAGAAAUCCAUGGUUCAAAUUCAAACAGCACAUCUGCUUGCUAUAGAAAGAACGAAACACAACUAAUGGUACAUUUUGUGAGGAAAGUAAAAGAGCCAUGGGCGGAAGAUAAUUUGUAUUUCUUAUGCUGUACAAAGUGCACAACUUUGAGAGGUAGGACAAGAUUCCAGGUGUAAUACAUUUAGGGAUCUCAACAGUUGCUAAAUAUCUUAGGGUGAAAUCACCAUGACCCACUCCCCCUUUUCCUGAAAAUUUCUCCCUGUGAAUCUUUAGAUUCACCAUGGGAGGGGAAAAACAAAACAAUGCUACUUGAUUCUUUCAA